GCUUGAGGUUCAGCUCAUUUCUUCCAUAGACAAAGGCAGGGUCUUUUCUUCUCUAGUUCUUCCCAGCUGAGCUUCAUAUUAAUCAAAGCUGUGAUUUACAGUGUUGCAACUGUGCAGUGUGUCUGCACAGGGCAGAGCACUGUCAUCUUUAUUAAGAUGUCAUUUGUCUUUUGGGAAAGUAUAUUCAUCAAAUAAUCUUAAUAGCAGUGUGUCUGGCGGGCCAGCAAAAAGGAUUUUGGCAAAGAAGUUGCAAACAGUAAUUGGAAACCCUUCAAGUCUUGAAAGUCCUGACAGCACAAAUGUUAGUUCACUUGCUACAUACGCUAAGGAGUACUUUGUGCUCAGCUGGAGAAGGGGUUUGAGCUCCAGGUCCUUAGAUGCUGUUCUUUUUUCUGUGAAGUCUUACACAUAUCUUCUGGUCAUUUACCUGUAAACUCUGUCAGGAAUUUUUAUACUAUUGGGUAUUUUUCUUUCUCCUUUCUAAGCACAAGAGUUUAAAUUUGGUUUAGGUAAUUUGGUACUUUAUUCUGUUGAAAAAUAGUGCUUUUUUUGAUAGUACUGCUUGUUCUGCUUCAGUAGGGCUUCAUAAAAUAAAUUUGUUUGCUCCAUGGAUCCAUCAGUGCUGCAUCUAACACCAGGGAUGCUGGAGCUUAAUUCCCACUGGAAGAAGCUGUUUGCCUGAGGCCCAGGACCUCUGUAUAGAGACAGUAAAAAGUUGCCUCUGCAGGGUUAGUGGCUGUCAGUUUUGUGGAGCAAGUCCUGGGAAAGGAGAAUGACAUGUGGCCUCCUCCAGAUGAGGUGCCAGAAUUCAGGAAGCAACACUGGUGAGGUUUCUGAAGCAUGCUGGGCUGGGUGGACACUGACCUGUGCCAGUCUUGGAGAGGGGAAGAGUGGGUUGAGCGUCACCUGCGCUGGGGAGAGGGAGUUUGAAUGGGGGAAUGCUGGCUCAGCAUGGGGCGUUUGGUGGCUGCCUGCUGGAGAAGUAACAGCUUGUGUUCCUCCUUUCCCCUCCAACGCGGCAUGCUGCCAUCCUCCUUUGUUUUGUGUGAUGGGGGCAGGAAAGGGGAGAGGAAAAAAGAAAGCUGAGCAAGUCUGACCUGGGGAGAAGAGGUAUGUAAUUUAUCCUGAAGAAUGUGGGGGCGGGCAGGGAAAAAGCUUGAGAAUGGUUGUACUGAAGUAAAUUGUGUAGCAAAAGAGAAGAUCCUUUCUGUUUGGUCAGAGUAUCACCUUGUAUUUUUGAUUUUUACGCUGGUGAAAAGAGCAAAUUCUGCUUUUCGAUGGUGUUAAUCCUAAAGUAUUCAGAACUAUUUUUGUCAGCACCAGACCAUGCCUAGCUUUCUAUGUUAAAGCUGCUAAAUUCCUCAUAGUUCUCUUGUAUUAUUCUUCCCCAGACAGGAAAACUAGUUUGUUUUAUUUUGGUUCUCUCUCUCUUUUUUUUUAUUUUAUUCUUUACUCUGCGAUUAAAUUUAUCUUGUCUUAGGCCUCUUCUGAACAUUUAACCUGACUUCUGAGCCUCCAAACAUUGUCAUAAGUGCAUAUUAUUGCAACCAGAGCAAGUAGGGUAAAUUGAAGCACUGUGCUAGAUGUACUUUAAGCAAGUUUUAUGUGGAACUUAAGCAUAUUUUUUGAUUCAGCUAACACUGGGGCUUUUUAAUUUUUUUUUCUUGAAGCCUUCCCUAUUCCACCUCUAGGAAGGAAAUUUUUAUUUUAUUGUUUAUGUAAAGUGUGAAGGAAAUUUGAGAAACACAUGGGCUUGUGGAGAGUUGGGUAAUAUCUUUAGAGACUGUCAGAAAGGAUUUCCUGCAUUUAAAAUUGUGCUGUUUAGGUAAUACAUUAAUUAUAUUAACACUUAGGUGAUCUCUGUUAUCCAUUUUUAGGAGUCGAUAAUGCAGUUUAGUGAACAAGCAUGUGGAAUUCACUUCAACUCUUUUCAAGAUGGUUCUUCUUUGGAAGAGAUGAUGGAUGCUUUGAAAUUUCUGUAGUGUCUUUUUGUUAAAGGAGAAUUCUUAGUAAGAGAUACUAUUCUAUCUGCAAUAAUAAUGCUUCUUAUUAGACACAGAGAAUCAAAUCUCUGCAUAUAGUCUGUUCAGGAACAUUGAUGGUAAAGCACUGGCUUCUUGAAACAAGUAACGGGUCUUUGUAUCUGCAUUAGUGAAAAUAAAUAAGGUAAGAAAACUAUUAUAGAUCUCUACUAUGUGUAAGAUGAUACAGAAAUGUAUAUAUAUUUUUAAGUAUAGAUAAUAUAUGCAUAUACAGAUUUGCAGUAUUAGAACCUAAAAAAGAAAAUAAAUUCUAUUGAAAACCUGAAAAUGAAGGGAAAAUAAUAUUCUGUUGAAAGAAAACUUCAUCAUUCAAUACCAACUUUGUUUUUUGCAGAGGCAGCACGAUUGUGACUUGCGCUUACACAAUCAGCAACUGGAAGAAUGCCAGGUUCUAAAAGUAAUGUGGUGUCUUUACAUGAGGGUGUAAUAAAUGAUACUUCAGACUUGAGUAAAAUUAAAAUUUCUAAUGAAAAAGGACCUGUUGAAAAAAGAAUGACUCUGAUUGAGAAGAAUGGCUAUCAUGACUCUGUAUACAUAAAUGCAGCUAAGAUUUUUCAAGGCAUUCAUACUGAAAAGCGUAAGGAUAGAAUAUUGGUGCGAUAUGGUGAUGCCUCAGUAUCUCCCAUGCUGACUUUUAAAGAUGAAUAUUCCCAGCGUGAAUCUUAUGAACUGGCUUUCAGUGCUUUAAAAUAUCAAGAUCUUCUUGAAGAAAUACUGUUAGAUAGUUGCAUUUACCCGUGCCAGUCAAUACCAGAUGAAUUAACCAGCUUGCUUGUUGUGAUGCUUUAUGACCUGCAAGACCGAAAAUUUCAAGCACGAGAGAUUUUUGAUGAAGAGGAACCUGUAGCAGAAGUUCGGAAGAUAGAGCGUUAUCUAUACAGUUUUAGGACCAAAUUGGCAGCUGCACUAGCAAGAUGUCGCAUCAAACAUGAUGCUCUUUCAAUUGAAUACAUGUUACCAGAAACCACACGGAAGCAGGAACAAAGGGCUUCUGCUUUACCUUUAUGUGUUUGGAUAAACACAUCUAAAAUCAGCCUUCAAGAUGUUUUCAGAGAUUUGAAGAAGAAGGGAUUCACAAGAGUUGAAUCUGUGUCAGACUUCAACCGUUAUACGUACAGUGUGGACCAACACUGUCAUGAUGUAUUGUUUUUUCCUUCCUCUCUUAAAGAAGAACUGCUUAAUUUAGAUCUUUUUGCAGACUGCAAACUCUUCCUGCAGGAUAAGUCUCGCAGCCUUGCUGUACACUCUGCACAUGCACUGUUGAAUACAGCUGAUGACAUUAUCGUGGCUCAUGUAGGUUCCCAUCUGACCACUGCCCAUAUGUCAGUGCUGACAAACAACAGCAUGUCCAGAAUUUUUGUUUGUGGUGUGAAAUCCUCAGCAAAAGCAGCAGAACUGAGGAACUUGUUCAGUCACAUUGGAUGUAAAAAUAUUCAGUUGUUACAUGAAGACUUUACCGAGAUUAGACCAACAGAUUCGAGACUUCAAAACACAAAAGUUAUUUUGCUGCUACCACAAUGCUCUGGACUGGGUGUUGGCAAUCCAAUAGACUUUAUUUUAAAUGAACAUGGAGAUGCAGGAUUGCUGAGACACCUUUUCCAGGGAUCUGUAUCUGAGGAUAAACUCAGUAUUCUUGCUGAGAGGCAGCUAAAUGAGUUGAUUCAUGCAAUGAAAUUUAACAAAGUACGAGCUAUUGUUUACUGCACUUGUUCAGUUUACCCAGAAGAAAAUGAACUAGUAGUGGAAAAAGCACUGAAAUCUGGAGUGGAAGGAAAUAAAGUCCCACCAUAUAGGCUUAUUCCUCCCGUCUUUUCUACUUGCUCUAAUUCAAAGGCUUCCACUGAAAUGUUUUUCAAAAUGGAGCCAUCAGAAAUUUCCAGUGGCUGUUUUUUAGCUAUUCUAGUGAGAAAGAAAGAUUCUUCUGAAAAUGUGCCUGUUAAAGACAUUUUGGCUCAUGCUCCAGCAAAAGGACUACUAGAUGGCAGUUUUGUUAAAAAAUCAAAGGAAGAGGAGAAAAAGCAGAAAGUAACACAACGUAGACGUAAUAUUACUGGUGGUGGUAUAAAGCCCAAGACUGUAGAGUUCCUUCGCCGUCAAACUGUAUCUAAUAUUAAGGCUGAAGUUUCUGUGUCUAAAGCAGUCAGCAACAUACAACAAAAGAAUGUGAACCAAACAAACAGCUAUGUUCAGCUGAAGAAAUCUAUCAAUCCUGCUUCAGCCACAGCUCUGCCUAAAGUGCUGAAGCACACAUCUUAUUUGUCGCCUACUGGCAAGACGUACGAAAGACAGACCCUUGCUAGGAAGACACAUGCAGAACGUAAGAGGGUUGUACUGAAGCCCGUGGAAAUAGUUUUGCCUCCCGUGAUAACACCAUACCCAAGUUUGCAAGGAAACAAACCCAGGAUAUCAACUCAUCCUUGUUUUCAUGCGUGGACUGGAGCAAAGGGUUCAGGUGGUAGGGUACUUCCACCACCUCUGUCUACCGUGGUCAAGCCAACUGCGCUUGGUCUUCCUCGACCAUGGCUGUAAGAAUCUUCAGAUUUUGCCCUACCUUUACAAAGAAGUCAGCGUAGCUUUGGAAGAAAGGAUGUGAACGAUACCACACCAGCAACAUGGACAGCUGGCUCUUGCUCAUCAGAUAAGUACUGUUGCUUCACUGAAUCAGUAAAAAUUUCUUUCUGAGCCAGCUGUCCUCUUCAAAGGCAUCACUCACCUGCUGCAUAUCCCAGUAACCCAUGCUCCUUACCUGCUCCAGUAAAAGGAUGAACUCUAUUCAGAAACCAGAGCAAACUUCCAAGGAUAGAUAUAGACCUGUGCACAUGCAAUAUAUAGAACUGAAAAAGAAAAUAAAUCCCUGUUUUGUUUCAAAACCGUCCUGGAGGAGGAGAGAUUCUACGUGUUAGAUAAAAGGAAUGGACCGUAAGGAGAUUCUGGGUUUUCUUCAGUAUGGUUAAAUGCUUAAAAUAAACUUCAGAGAUUCUGCAAUUAGAGACCAAAACUGCUGGUUUUUUUUAAAAUCAAAAUCUGUAUCAGUAAUUAUUAAAGAUAAUUAAAAUUACUUAUAAAAGAACAUACAUGUGUCUGAUGACAGAAUUUCUAGGCUACUUACAUAAUACGCAUCAUGAUGUCUCUCAGUCGGCCUCAUCUUGCUUUCAGGAGUUUGUGUCUUUGCAAUGUUACGGAGGCUAACCCAGUUAGUGUCUUGAUGUCUUACCAAGAAUAUCAAAGAGCUGGUAGUGAAGGUUCUGGUUCUACAGGUCAGCAGCUACUUUGUAAGCACCAAACAUCACACGAUGGAGAAACAUCUGGGACUGGCUUCAGAGAGCUCGUAGGUAGAAGGCUGUAUGCGCAGUUAAACACUUGAUGACUUUUUUCAGUAAAACUGUAUCUUGUGUAACAUAACAUUCUGUAAUCCAGUUAUGUAUUUGUAAUUUUCAACUAAAACUGCCGAUUCAGCUUUCCAGAUACAAAAGCGUCCAUUGUACUGCUGUUGCCUCUAAACCACCAGUACGUUUUUCCCUCCCCUCAACCACAAUUUGGAACAAAAGAAAUAAUUUCCCAUUUUCAUGGACCAGUAACAGUUGAGACAAUAAUUUUAUGCAGCUAAAUUUAUUCUCGGAACAGAUUACAUUUAAAUGUGGAGAAGUGGUCAACAGCAGGGAAAAUUGUCCUUUUCUGUGUCAGUCAGGUGCUUUAAGACUGAGCUCUGCUAAUAAACAGUGGGUGUCUCCUUCCUUACUGCUGCUAAAGUAAAUGAACCCUGCUUUCGC